CGCCAUUUCAUUUAGUUUUGUGUGGAUACUAACGAGUGCUUGAUUAUGUACUAGUGAUACAGAACAUUUCCUCUACUAUGUUCCUCCUGAGAAUAAGAGUCCAUUAUAAGCAGAUCUUCACACACAAACCACAACAUACCCCGGCAGGGGUCUACUACCGUGGUCACCACAGGUUACCACUACUCCAGCGAGUAAAUCCUACGAUAGUGGAAGAUUUUGAAAAGAGAUACCAAAGGAGGGAGAAUGAGGAAAUAUAUUAUCAAAAAUCUGAAAGUAUCUCGAAAACCCAAAAGCACAGGUCACCAGCAUUCGUACUGGACGGCUGCACCCCAAACGAUGUGGCUACAGCUAUGAUAGAGAGCGGCCGGCAGAAGGAACCCUUCUACUUGUUCCACCUGGACGAGGCAUACAGACGCAUACAGCACUUUAAGAGACGUAUGCCUAGAGUACAAAUAUUUUAUGCAAUGAAAGCGAAUGAUGACGACAUGUUUCUGAAACUGUGCCUAUCUUUCGGAUUGGGUUUUGAUUGCGCUUCUCCUGGAGAAAUUAACAAAGUUAGGCAUCUUAAUAAUAGUCCACGCAGAAUAAUCUAUGCCACGCCAUCGAAGACCCGUGAACAAAUUACCUUUGCAAGAGACUCCGGGGUGAGACAUACUACCUUUGACUCUUCAUACGAACUGAUGAAGAUCAAGCAGUUCUGGCCAGAUGCCAGACUACUUCUCCGAAUAAGGGUAGACGGCGAAAGUAUGUAUAAAUUAGGAAAGAAGUUUGGUUGUGACUUCGAAACUGAAGCUAUUGGUUUGUUAGAAGAAGCGGCUAGUCUUGGCUUGAGUGUGGUGGGAGUUGCUUUCCACGUGGGAUCAGCAUGUUCCUGCACGGACAGCUACGUGUUGGGCCUGCGCAGGAGCAAGGCGCUGUUUGAAUAUGAGGACAAGGCGGGGAGGGGUAUGCACAUCGUCGAUAUCGGCGGGGGGUUCAUGAGCGAUACUACUGAUAGGAUCGAUGAGGUGGCCGACUUCGUGAAUGAAGCUCUUGAUGAAUAUUUCCCCGACCCCACUGUCCAAGUGGUAGCUGAACCAGGCAGGUACCUCUGCGACUCCUCAUACACGAUGUACUGCAGCAUCAACAACGUUCGAAAGGUCGUAAAAAACGGCAAACGAACCAAUAUGCUGUACCUCAACGAUGGGAUUUAUGGCACUCUGCGGUUUCCCGAGCCUUGGCACACUGUGCAGAGAUUUAAGAAAUCUUCCGACCGUGUCACCGACGUUCUAGAAGACACGAUUCUUUGGGGCCCAAGUUGUGAUUCCACCGAUCGUGUCAUGCCCAACAUUCCUCUACAGCUACCACGUUGCACCCCUGAUGAUUGGCUGGUCUUCUCCCUACAAGGAGCCUACACCUUCGGCUUCUCCACCAGGUUCUCUUGCCUGGGCGUGCCGUUGAUCAGGCCAGUCGUAUCUUCACAUUUAUGGAGCAGACUGCGGCAAAGCGAGGCAUUUUCGCCGGAGGAUUUCAUAGCGAAUCCGGAUAUUUCCAGUCCGUUGCCUUCCACUCUACCACCGAUUUUGUCUGCGAACGUCUUCGGUAGAUCUCCUGCUCUCAGUAUUUAGAUAAAUAACUAUGUGAUAUGGUUUUUGUAUAUUUAUAUGUUUUAUAUUUUUGGAUUAAAAUUUCAUGAUGUUCGAA